AUGGAGACUGCAGAACCCGUGGCCUACGACUUUCCCUCCCAUGGCGUCGGUCGUCGCAUGAUGACCUCCAGUAUCAACCAUAACUUUUCCUUCUACGCCAACCCGCCAGCAUCUUUCCCACUCCCCUUCCACCAGUCUUCCUCUGCACCCUACGGAUUCAGCCAUACCCUCAGUCACCACCAUCACCACCACCACCAACACCCUCACUACCAACCAUUCUUCGUCCCCAAUCAUCAGCCGUUGAGCUCUCCGCCCGUGCGCCUGUCCUCCGAACCACCUACUCAGCCCAUCCCGGACAUCCGUCCGGCCAAAAACGCCGUCCAUCGACUUCCCCGAGACUCCCUGGUCAAGGACGACCUCCACUCCCACUCGCAGUCUCCCACCGGCCAUUCUCCAACUGGCUCCUCCGCCCUGGCCAAGAACUGCUGCGCAAACGAAGUCGAGUUCUCCACCGAGGUCGAUAUCCUCAUGAAAGCCAUCCAGGCCAAGGCCACCCCCCAGACGUCGACUACGCAGUCGCUUCCGCCCCUUCAACAGAUCACCCACGCGGGGAACAAUGGCUUUCCCCAGCCCUACGCCAUGCCCGCCUCCGCCAACCCGCGCUCUACCGUCGUGGUUGACGAGCAGCCCGCGCGGUCAGGCAAGAAGCGCAAGUAUACCUGCACUCUGCCGAACUGCGGGAAGAGCUUUGCGCAAAAGACCCAUCUCGACAUUCAUAUGAGGGCGCAUACCGGGGACAAGCCGUUUAUCUGCAAAGAGCCCUCGUGUGGCCAGCGUUUCUCCCAGCUGGGGAACCUCAAGACCCAUCAACGCCGCCAUACCGGCGAAAAGCCCUUCUCCUGUGAUAUCUGCCAGAAGCGCUUCGCCCAGCGCGGCAACGUCCGCGCGCACAAAAUUACCCACCAACACGCGAAGCCGUUUACCUGCCUGCUGGACGACUGCGGGAAGCAAUUCACGCAGCUGGGAAACCUCAAGUCCCACCAGAACAAGUUCCACGCCACGACGCUUAAAGACCUCACCCUGAAGUUCUCGCAGAUGUCCGAGAACGAGCCCAUGACCCCGCACGACCGCAAGCUCUGGGAGUACUUUGCCACCCUGUACAAGAACAGCAACAAGGGCAUCAAGGGCCGCGGCAAGGACCGGCGCAUCUCGCCCUCCUCUAAGUCGGGCAGUCGGCAGUCCUCGGCCGCGAGCGAGGAGAAGCUGCGGCGGUCGAGCUUUGAGGAUUCGUCUGUGUAUACUGGUGGUUCCAGUGAUGAGGAGGAUGCGGAUCAUUACUAUAUUGAUCGACAGAGUCAUUGA